UUCAAAACAAAAAUAGACGCUAUGGAAGAUUUAACGGUAUCGCAAUUGGAGGAUUUGCGGCAACUGCAACUCCAACUAAACGCAAAUAGGGAUAUUUACAUCAACUUGUAUACCAAGAUUAUAAAGCAGACAUUUUCAACUCAAAUGAAUAAUUUGGUUGAUGGAGAAUUUAAUAUAGAAGCUGUGAAAUUGAAUGUGCCCCAAAAACCCCCCAUGCUUCCACCCCAGGAAUAUACACCCAUGCACCAACUAAGUACAUUGGAGGAGGUUUACAAGGCUACCAUGGAUGGCUUGUCGAUGCUGCAUUCAAACGAUGGAGACUGGCACUGAAAAAUAUAAUCCCUAUUAUUCGUUGUAUAAUUUCAAUUUGAACGCAAAAACUUACGUCGAAUAUAGGAAUAAUGGGCCGACGCUUAAAAAUACUACCUUUGGUUCGCAAAAUCAACAUGUAUUUUACAUCCAACUAAGAAAAUAUAAAAUGAGUUACAAGUUAG